AUGAGAUUCAACAAGGCCAAGUGCCGGGUCCUGCACUUGGGUCACAACAAACCCAUGCAACCCUACAGGCUUGGGGAGGAGUGGCUGGAGAGCUGCCUGGAGGAAAAGGACCUGGGGGUGUUGGUUGACAGCCAGCUGAACAUGAGCCAGCAGUGUGCCCAAGUGGGCAAGAAGGCCAAUGGCAUCCUGGCUUGUAUCAGGAAGUGUGGCCAGCAGGAGCAGGGAGGUGAUCGUGCCCCUGUAUUCCUCGGCCCUGGUGAGGCCGCACCUCGAGUACUGUGUGCACUUUUGGGCCCCUCACUACAAGAGGACAUUGAGGUGCUGGAGCGUGUCCAAAGAAGGGCAACAAAGCUGGUCAAGGGUCUAGAGAACAAGUCUUAUGAGGAGCGGCUGAGGGAAUUGGGGUUGUUUAGCCUGGAGAAGAGGAGGCUGAGGGGAGACCUUAUCGCUCUCUACAACUACUUGCAAGGAGGUUGUAGCGAGGUGAGGGUUGGACUCUUCUCCCUAGUAACAAGUGAUAGGACGAGAGGAAAUGGCCUCAAGCUGCACCAGGGGAAGUUUAGGUUGGAUAUUAGAAAAAACUUCUUCACUGAAAGGGUUGUCAAACAUUGGCACAGGCUGCCCAGGGAGGUGGUUGAGUCUCCAUCCCUGGAGGUAUUUAAAAGAAGGGUAGACGUGGUGCUUGAGGAUAUGGUUUAG